UAUUGAUCAUCAUCAUCAUGAUGUUCUAUAAUAUUUAUGUUGAAUGGUAGCUUGGACUACUUAAAGCAUGAUGAUGGAUGAUAAGAGUAGGGGACGCGCAGGGCUUUGGCCGGGCAGAUCAUCUAAGGAAGAUCUCAGUUCAGCAUUGCCCUUCAAAGAAAUGUGCGUGUUUGGCUUCCUUUCAUUCUCUCAAGCUUUGCCAAGGAAGAUCUCAAUAUUGAUGCUUUCUUAUUUUAUCAAAUUUGCAAUAUAUUUUUAAUUUUUAAUUUGUGCAUCAAAUUUUUUUAUUUGUUCUAAAUUAAAAACAAUAUUUUACCCCGAAAGGUAUUUUUUUUAAAAAAAAAAAAUUGUAUUUUACCCCGUAGUUUUCUUUUCUUUCUUUUUUUUUUUUAAAUUUAAAACCAGCAACGAAGGGGGAUAAAAGCAAUAUUAAGUAGAGAACUGCAAGGCAUUCAUAUCCACGUGUCCCCCUCCCCUGCCACGCCGGUAACGUUAACACUCCGUCGCGCCCACUAUAGGGUCCUAUGUUUCAGUUUUUUCACAUAACUGUAGGGUUUAAGCAUACAUAAGAGAGGUAUUGGGGGGGAAGCGCAUUUCUAUGGCGUCUUCUAUGGCUUCCAUAUCGAGAAGGCUCUAUCGCUUGCUCACUUUAAACCCUAAUAAACCAUCCAUCCGCUUCUGCUCAACCGUCUCGUCCCCCGAAACCUCAAACUCGGACGCCGAUUCGGCUAUUGAAAUCGAUCCCGACUCCAAACCCGCCCCCGAUUCACCGCCGUCAGACUCGCCCCGGCAACGCAGCUUCGAUUACCAGCCCCUCGAAAACGGUCUCGACGUCGGCAUUUACAGGGCUAUAUUGGUGGGGCAGGUGGGGCAGAUUCCGGUGCAGAAGAAGUUGGGGAAUGGGAGAAUGGUGACGCUGAUGUCGGUGGGAACCGGCGGCAUUCGAAACAACCGGCGGCCAUUAGACAACGAGGAACCGCGGGAAUACGCGAAUCGCUGUGCGGUUCAGUGGCACCGGGUUUCUAUUUACGCUGACUAUUUGGGGAAAUUGGCCAUGAAGCAUGCUGAUCCUGGUUCAAUUUUGUAUUUGGAGGGGAAUUUGGAGACCAAGAUUUUCAAUGAUCCUAGAACUGGUCUUGUUCGACGUAUAAGAGAGAUAGCGAUUCGCGGGAAUGAAAUAUCAACUGCAAAAGUAGAUUUAUAUGGCCACUGAAGAAAUGGACACGAUCAAUGCAAGAACUUCAACUGAAAAUUAAUUUUUAGGUUUAGAUUAGGGGAUUUAGGGGCUAAGUGAAGGAUAUGAGGGGAAGUGAAGUGCUUGUUACGUAAAAAUCCUUUAUUGCCAAGCAUAUCCCUUAUGUCAGUUGUAGUUUUUGUUAAGUGUGCCUAAAAUACUGAAUUUUACCUAUUCAACUCGUCUGAUGAUUAAACAAGAGAGAGAUUUUCCUUCCUCUGGAUUGUUUGUUGUCUAAAAUAAAAGUUAGGAACUGUCUCUCUUGCCUUUUGUUUUUGUUCCUUUGCUUUCCUUUCCUCUGUUUCUUGUGGGUGAAGUGCUUUAGCUGUAGGCUUCUGCUUGCACGUAGUGUUGUUUGUACUCUCACAUUUAUCCUUCUGGUAGUGUUUGUUAAC